GGCGGUGCCACUCUGUGUUCCUUUGUUUGUUUGUCUUGUCCUUGUGUGUUUGCUGUGUGAGUGUGUUGGUCGUGUGCGUGUCCGCGUGCCGGGUUUACGUUUGGGGAGGCUGCGUUCUAAGAACGUGCUUUUCCCUGUUUGAUACUAUCCUUGUUUUUUUACAGUCAAAUUACGAUAUAAUACAUAAAAAAACAACAUCAACAAUAACUAAAUAACUUGUGACGAUACAUUGCGAUGGCGCAAUAAUACGACACAGAAACGUAAAAACAUGAUGUGAAGAGACGAUAUCAAUAUUGCACUUUCGCAUAAUGUUUUCAUUUUGUCGCAAUUGUUAUCGCUUAACCUAAGGGCGAAAAUGCUAUAUUGACCUUUCAUGUUAUCGUCCUUAGGUCCUAAAAUUCGUACGCAAAUACACAAAGGUUUAAGCGAAAGCGCGAAAUUAAUAUCGUACUAUCGUACUUUCGUAAUUUCUCCAUAAUUUCGCUCCUACAUAUCGUAUUAUCGUAUUAUCGCCGUGUCACAUCGUCUCACAUCAUAUUUUGAUACAUUUGAAAGUUUGGCAGAUAAAUUAUAUUUUCUUCUGAAAUUCAGUUGUUUAUAUUACUUCACAAAUAUUAUCAAUUAGAUUGUUUCAAGUUCAAAAGGUUAUUAUGACUAUGUUUAAUAUUGAAGAUGAGUAUAAUUGUGACAUUGUCUCUCUCUUGAAAUAAAGUACAGAAAAUAUAGCUCAAUGCUCACAUGUUCAAGAAAUACAGACUGGCAUCAUCGCCAACUUGUCCAUGUGGUGAGGGAGAUCAGACUGCGAAGCAUAUACUUCAGAGAUGUAAAAGGUAUGACCAGGAGCGAGCUGCGACUUGACCGAUAAAUACCUCAAUCCACCAGAAACUGUAUGGAGGCAUUGAGGAUCUGCGGCAAACCACAAGUUUCAUCGAGGCUACUGGUCUGACAGUGUAGUCGCGAACGAGAAGAAGAAAUAUUUAUUACAUGAUUUUCAGUGAAUUAGCGAAAUAUUAAAGACUCGUCUGGAGUUCUAUGUUUUGUUACAAUCAUGUGUCUCACUAUAAGACGAUCUGAAAGUCAUGAUGAUUACAACAACGUAUAUGACGGCAUACUGGACUUUAAAUGUGCAUCUAAAAAGCAGGCUAUUAGCUCUAUAUACAGUGUUCAUCAUGAUGGAUUUGAGGACAGAAGAUUUCGCAUUCAUUGCGGAGACGUACCGGGUGUACGUGGUCGGAGAAAGUGCGAGGACUCAACAAACUGGGAAAAUGAUUUGGACGGUCUGUUAGCAUUCCAGUGUAGGUCAAAUAUGUACAUUGUUGGCAUGCAAAGUGAACACCGUAAUGGGCGCGAGGACAGAAGAUGGAAGUUUCACUGUUGUGGAUUUAAUGACUUUCAUCUAUAUGAUUGUGAGUUUACAGAAUUGACCAAUAAUUACGACGGAGUACAAGACUUUACAGUACCUGAAGGAAAAGUUAUAAAGGGUGUCAUUUCUAUCCAUCACGAUGGCCGAGAGGACAGAAUCUAUAUGUACAAUGUUUGCAACAUCAAGAGAUGGUAAACAUGAAUCAACUAGGACAAGACCAAAGUGACAUAAACCGAUGUUAUUGAAAUAGACCUUAGAAUAAUGAAACAAUUGAAUUUCUUCAAUUCUACAUCACCUUUCAAAUGUGUCUCUAGCUAGGACUUGUGUGUGAAUCCUACAUAUUGUAAAGACAACUUGUGUAUUUUAUAUAUAGAUUUUCUUCUUACAGUAUACUUUAACUGUCUUUGUUUCAUCAUUUUCUUUAUUACUAGCGAUUUAUGGUACACUUUAAUUUAUAAAAAUGGUUACAUAAAUCUGGAGUUGUGUUUUUUCAACAUGAAUUUUUCGUCAAUAAUUUCAAUGUUCAAUUCCCUGUUUGUGUCAGUGCCCAUUUAUAGGUUAACAUAUACACGUUUUGAAUGGUUUCAUUAUUAUUCCUCAUUGUUUUGCAUUGCAACAUACACUCAAGUACUUUCAAAACGCCUCAGCCAUGUAAGUUUUUCUUUUGUGAUACUUGAACUAUUAUUGCAGUGGGGGCGGGGGGGAGUAAAAUUAUUUUAUUUUUUUAAACUGAAUGCAGCAAUUAUGUAGAGAUAGAGAGAUUUUCUUUGUUUGUGUUAUUAUUUCACUUGUUGUGAGACAUGAGUUUGACACCAUUUUGUAUCCUUUUUACUCAGAUAGAAACAAACAAGUUUUGAUACAACAGUGUGAAUUAGCAAAAAAAAACAAAAAACUGUCACGUGUACAAUACCGUUAUUUUGAGAAGGCUGUGACUAAAAACAGAUCUGGUGCCUGCGAUAUAUUACAGACUCCGGUAUGUCCCGGAUUCAAGCAAUUUGAACAAAUAUAUCUUAAAUGUCUAUAUUUUGUAACCAUGGUCAUACUGUCCCUAACCUUUAGUCAGUAUAUUAUGCAUAUUAUACACUAAAUGCGUGCGGACACGCAAAACAUUGCGUAAUUUGCCGUGCGCUCCAAUUGAUAAUCAUUCAGGGCAUGCGCAGAACGGAUGCACCAGAUCUUUAAUGAGAAACAUUGUUUUAAGUAAUGCCACUAGCAGGGGCAAUCUGCAACAAUUCCAUUCUAAUCAAACUAUAAUGUGUGUAUAUAGACUGUUAAAAAUUGAAAACAAUCAUUUUCAUGUCGUGAUUGUAUUGUCAAUAAAGUGUCUCUUGCUUUGUCAUCACUAAUUUGGUUAAGUAUUUAUUAAUAUGUUUCUGUACUAGACUUGUUAGAAACACUAAUUGCUUUGUUGCAUGAUAAUCUUUACUUUUUGUAUUUUUGACAUUAUCUAUAUGGGAUUCAACAUGUAAAUUUGAUAUCAAAUAUACAUUUAACUGUAUCAUUAUACAUGUAUACGAACUGGAAAUACUUUUAUAUCCAACAUUGUUUGUGCGUCAAGGUGCUCCAAAGGUCAUGACAUGACGUCAUUUACAGUGUAAAUCAUACUGGUUAGAAUUAGUCGAUGAAAUAGCGUAUAGUGAACAGUUUAUUUUACCUUAUUUAAAGAUUAACAUUAACUGAUAAAUGCAAGAAUUUUGAAUAGCAGCAAAAUUCUCGCGUAAUUUUAAAACCUCUUAAUUUGUCAAUUAUAAGCUGUACGUUUUUAUAAAUCUUGAAACCUAACAACGUUAACAUUACAUUCCAUGGAGCACCUAGACCAUAUAUGCAAAAUACAGCUUUAUAGGUUUUAAUUUAAAAAAUAAGUCUUCUGUUUUGACUGUAUGUUAGCUUUUUUGUGUUAAAAAGAACAAUUUACAUGAAACAAAACUUUAAAAUGAUGACAAUAAUAGUAAAGUAGAUAAGACUAACAUACUCGAUCUUUCUUUAUAUCCCAUUUCGUGCAUGCCGAACAAUGAUAUUAAAGAAGAGAUUGAUUAAUUAAUAACGGCUUUGUCAUUUGAAUAUAUUUUAUCUAAAAUCUUCUGUAAAUAAUUUGUGCAGUGGUUUUAUCCAUGACUUUGUUUAUCUAUUUUACUUAUGACUUUUAAAUAUAAAGUAAAUUUCGAGUCUACCAUAUCUAUAUACAGGAGACGUCGUACAGUGCCAUACAUUGUAAUCCUCCGUUUCAGGAAUUUUGUGCCGUAUAGUUCGCCAAUAGGAAUUUAGUCAUACAUUAAGAUUUGAACAGUUCUUUUGUAAACGUUGCUUUAUACAUAGGCACUGUUUGCGAAAUUGUUCUGUCGGCACUCCUGCCCAGGACAGGUAGCAGUACGAGGGUUUGGGUCGGACAAACGUUGGUGGCAUUUUACAUAUACAUGUAUAUAGUCUUCAGGCAUACAUCUAUUAACUUGAAUAAGCAGAACAUAACAUAAAAUUUAUUAAGUGUUAUGCAUUUACAGCACAUCGACAUAAACCAAUAUACAUAUAAAUAAUAGCAUGAUCACGACAAUAUUAAUUAGCGUUACAAAAUGCAGUAGGUCCUAAAAAAUCAUAAGUUCCACAUGACACCAGAAUUUACUGUUCUAUGAUUCAUAUAAAGUCUGCUUAUUAGGAUUUCUAUGUCGUAAAAAGAAAUGGUUGAUAAAACAAAUCAGUUAUAGGGAUUGCUAGUGACCCUUCAAGGAAAUAUGUGCGGUCAGUAUGAUAAGUAUGAAUGGGCUAAUGCUUCCCCUUCCCCUAUUUAUCAUACUGACGCCACAUAUUUCCAUAAAGGGUGAUUUAGGGUCACUAUCAAACCCAAAUGAUUAGUAAUGUAUAGAUGCAUGUAUGAUAGACAUAAGCACAAAAAUGCAUAAGUUAAUCAUAUGAAAAACUUAACAAAAACGUAUAAAGAAACACAGUGGGACGCCUCCGCGUUCAGUGACAUAAACAUCAUGCACCGAUUAAUGUUGUUACGACAUAUUAAGCAUAAAGGAUCUUUCAAUAUGAAUAGAACAAAGACUUCUUUUCAUCUUUUGUUGUGUCGUAGACAAAGUGGCUUCUGUACUAGUAUGUCUCUGCCUUUGAUACAUAGGACGUUUGAAUUUUGAAUAAAGCAAAGACGUUU